UUGUGGAAUUAUCGAUCCAUGUUAUUAGACAGAGUACAACUCCCUUUACCAUUUGAAAUCAUCUGCGAAAGAGAAAGAAAAGCAGGUGCAACCGUGGGACAUGCUUUGUAUGCAGGCAUACUGCUGACAGGUGGACCUACAAGGGAUUUUUACCUGACUACUGACACCAUGACCCAUUUAAAUCCUAUUAUCAAGUUACCCAAAAGAUCCACACUAAACCGAAACCAUCAAACACUCAUGGAUUCACCUUAUGCUACGAUCACAAACAUUUCACUUGUAGAUCAUGUUAAGAAAGUAAAGCGGCCUUUUAAUUUUCCAACACGAACGAAAUCGAGAUUAUAUCAACGGUUAUUAACAAACAUACCCUUCACUCAGUCUUAUAAAAUUUCGAAAUCACAUUGGGUUCCACAAGGUGUCACACGUAUCCUGGAAGAUAUACCUUCUGAGCAAGUCAUC